AUGAAACCAGAUGACCUUUCUCUAAAGCUCACAGAGGUACAAAACGAUGGACAUCGCACAUCAUACAAACGCUUCAGGAGGCGAAUCAUCCAGAAGAGCAGCAGAGAGGGUCCUGCUGCCAGUACACCUCUGUCCACUGGGCGGCAGUAUGAACCAGAUUUUGAGUUUGACUCUGUCUGUCAGAGACUGGAGCUGGAUUCACCUCAGAGACACCAUGAACCAGCACCGAGAGGACUACAUCGAAACCAAGAUUCGGCUUCAUCAGAGGUGACGUUGGCAGGAGUCGGAUCUCACUGCAGCACUGGGACAACACAGAUCAUGCAUGCCAGGAGACAGCCCAUCACGGAAAAUACUCCAAAACAGGGAUGGGUGUGGACAGCUGCAGUACAUGAACAUGGAAAUGCACAAGAGUGGAAGAGUGGCUCUGAUGAUAACAUAACAAAUGAUCUGCAGCCGUUUGCCAUUCUGAACAAAGCAUCAGUGACUGUGCAGGGAAAGUCAGUGAUGAAGUUGGCGGCGCCAUCGCUGCUGAACGACUAUUACUCUAAUCUUCUCGACUGCAGUUGUAAUGGUAUGAUUGCAUUAGCCCUGGGCUCUUCUGUUUACCUUUGGAAUUCAGAAACUCGUGCUCUGGUGGGAUAUUUGAACCUGAGUCAACAACUAGGACGACCAUGCCAUCAGACUCUAUCGUCUAUCUCGUCUCUGUGCUGGAGCACAGAUGGCCGAGCUCUCUGUAUUGGCACCAGGCGAGGGGACUUGCAGGUAAAUUUGUGGGAUGUUGAACAAAAACAGAAUAUGAGCUGUCUGACAUCACACCUGUCUGUGGUUAGCGCUCUUUCCUGGAAACAGCACUUAGUCAGCAGCGGCUCUGUCCUCGGACAUAUCCAUCACCAUGACCCUCGAGCUCCAACACCUCUGGUAGGUGCAGCCGUCCAGCAGGAGGGUCUCUGUAGCCUGCAGUGGUCACCAGGAAAUGACUGGCUGGCCAGCGGCUCCACAGACGGCCUCCUUCGUAUAUGGGAUAGUGACAUCACAGGGUCACAUCAACCAAUCACUAUAAUGAAGCAGCCCAGUGCAGUUAAGGCGAUGGGAUGGUGUCCAUGGCAGAGAAAGAUGAUCGCUACAGGAGGCGGAUGGAAAGAUAGAGAGCUGAGAAUCUGGGACACACAGUCAGGGACUUGUGUUACUUCAGCCGAUACAAACUCUCAGAUCUGUUCUCUACGGUGGGAAGAGAAGAAGUGUCGCCUGGUGACAGGUCAUGGCCUCCCCCAACACCAUGUCAUCUGCUGGGACUGGGUGUUGUCCUCACUUAGCCCGAGCUACCAUCUCACUGGUCAUUCAGAUCGUGUCCUGCACUUGGCCUUAAAUCCUGAUGGAACACAGAUUUUCUCUGCUGGAGCAGACCAAUGCCUUCACAUCUGGCACAUGUAA